AUGAACCUGACAGAGUUUAACCAGUAUGAUCGCUGUGAGCAUUUCUCCUGUCCAGCGAAAUCUGUAUCGUCUGCAGUUUAUAUCUUACUGUAUGUGUGUUCAGCUGCUGUAGUUCUGCUAACAGUGUGUGGAAAUCUGUUUAUCAUCAUCUCUGUUUUUCACUUCAAACAGCUUCACACACCGACUAACAUGCUCGUGCUCUCUCUGGCUGUGUCAGAUUUCCUUGUCGGCAAUUUUCUAAUGCCACUACUUUUAAUCUGGACUAUUGAGUCAUGCUGGAUUUUUGGGAGAGUUUUAUGCAUUAUUUACUGGGUGGUUAGUAGUAUGCUUAAUAUAUCAAUCUAUACUGUUGCUCAGAUUGCUGUUGAUCGGUAUUUGGCUCUCUCAAACCCCUUUCUCUACAUGAACAUUGUAUCUGUGAGAAUUACUUGUGUUGUAAUUGUUUUUAACUGGUGUUUAGCGCUCGGCUAUACCAUAGCAAUUCUAUAUUCUAAUGGAAACUUUCAAAGUUCUGUAUUGUGUCCUGGAGAGUGUUUACUCUUUCUUAAUGAGGUUUGGACUGUAAUUGAUCUUGUAUUUUCCUUUAUAUUUCCACUUUCUGUCAUAAUUAUAUUGUACACUUUAGUUUUUGUGAUUGCUAAAAAACAUGCCACUGCUAUCAGAGAGCUUAAUAAUCACACACGGCCUAAAGCACAGACAAUCUCCUCACAGUCAAUGAAAUCUGAGAGAAAAGCAGCUAAAGUCCUCGGCAUUUUAGUGUCCGUGUUUCUUUUGUGUUUACUUCCAUAUUUUAUUUACACUUCAUUAGCCAAUGUUAUUGAAUUACAGUUAGAAACAUUUGGAAAAGUUUUAAUUAUGAUUUAUCUUAAUUCCACCAUUAAUCCAUUCAUUUACGCUCUGUUUUAUCCAUGGUUUAGAAGGUGCAUUAAAUUAAUUAUAACUCUUCACAUAUUACAAACAGAUUCUGCUUUAAUCAAUGUUCUUUCGUGA